AAUCUGUUAUGUUUUCUAAUAAGUUCAUAUUUUGUGGUUUCGUAAUAUCAGCAAUACUUGUUGUCAUACUUCUGGCCACCCUCUCACCGUUACCCCAUUCAAAAACACCUUCAAAGUCAUGGUUGGCCUUAUCUUUAUACAUCCAACAACCGCAAACCACUGUUGUGCCGCCAGAUGCGCACACAGUGGCACCACAGGAUGCUGGUGCCUUGAUCUUCCAUCGAGUUUUAACUGAAGGGCCGAAGAACACUUCACGAGUCGUUGGGAAAGCCCAAGGCUUCAUCAUCCCUGUUGAACAAUUUGCACACUCGGGAUUCAACAUUAUUUAUCUGACUUUUGAUACUCGUGAAUAUUCAGGCAGUGUAAGUAUUCAAGCCAGAAACUCGGGCAGUGAUCGAAAAGAUGAGUUGACUGUGGUUGGUGGUACAGGCUCUUUCGCUUUUGUACGUGGAAAAGCCUUUUUGACACAAAAGGAUGAUACUAAUAUUGUUGUACCGUAUCAUAUUAGUUUGCAUCUAAAAUAUCCUGAUCGGUCUGAAACAAUACCAGGAUGAGUUACAAAUCAUGUACUGAUAUUUUAUGAAAAUCACAAUAGUUAAUUGAAUAAUUAGAAAUAACUAUCACCAAUAAGUUCCAAUGAUUUAAUCACACUG